AUGGACGCCAUCAAGAAGGCCCUCAACAUCGGCGGUGGCAGCGGUGCCCCGGCCGCAGAGCCCUCCGCCGAGCGGCUGCAGGAGCUCAAGGACAAGUACGCCAAGGCCGGGCAGGAGCAGGUCUUCACCUUCUACGACGCCCUCCCCACCGAGCAAAAGGCCCAGCUGUUCGAGCAGCUCUCCGGCUUCGACCCCGCCCGCAUCAACGAGAUCACCGACAAGGCGCUGAACCCGCCCAAGGCGGAAGGCGGCGAGACCGUCCUCGAGCCCCUCCCCGAGUCGGCCACCGCCAGCAUCCUCGACUCGCAAAAGUCGGACAUCGACGCCUGGUACGACGCCGGCCUCGGCCUGAUCGGUCAGAACAAGGUCGGCGUGGUCCUCAUGGCCGGCGGGCAGGGCACGCGGCUGGGCAGCUCCGCGCCCAAGGGCUGCUUCGACAUCGGCCUGCCGAGCCGCAAGUCGCUCUUCCAGAUCCAGGCCGAGCGGAUCCGCAAGGUCCAGGAGCUCGCGGGGCUCAAGUCGGGCCGCAAGGUCGUCGUGCCCUGGUACGUCAUGACCAGCGGGCCCACGCGGGCGCCCACGGAGCAGUACUUUGCCGAGAACAAGUACUUUGGCCUGGACAGGGACAACGUCGUCAUCUUCGAGCAGGGCGUGCUGCCCUGCGUCUCCAACGAGGGCAAGAUCCUGCUCGAGAGCAAGGGCAGGGUGGCCGUGGCGCCCGACGGCAACGGCGGCAUCUACCAGGCGCUCGUGGUCUCGGGCGUCCUCGACGACAUGAAGAGGCGCGGCGUCGAGCACAUCCACGCCUACUGCGUCGACAACUGCCUCGUCAAGGUCGCCGACCCGGUCUUCAUCGGCUUCGCCGCCGCCAAGAAGGUCGACAUCGCCACCAAGGUCGUGCGCAAGCGCAACGCCACCGAGUCGGUCGGCCUGAUCCUGCAGAAGAACGGCCGCCCGGACGUGGUCGAGUACUCGGAGAUCGACAGGGCCACGGCCGAGGCCCAGGACCCCAAGCAAGCCGGGGUGCUCAAGUUCCGCGCGGCCAACAUCGUCAACCACUACUACAGCUUCGGCUUCCUCGAGAGCAUCCCGCGGUGGGCGCACAGGCUGCCGCACCACGUGGCGCGCAAGAAGAUCCCCUACGCCGACACGUCGUCGGCGUCGGGCGAGACGGUCAAGCCCGACAAGCCCAACGGCAUCAAGCUCGAGCAGUUUGUGUUUGACGUGUUCCCGAUGCUCGAGCCGGAGCGCUUCGCGUGCAUGGAGGUGCGCCGCGAGGACGAGUUCUCGCCGCUCAAGAACGCGGCGGGCACGGGCGAGGACGACCCGGACACGAGCAGGCGCGACAUCAUGGCGCAGGGCAAGCGCUGGGUCGAGGCCGCGGGCGCGCAGGUGACGAGCGAGGACCCGGACGCGGGCAUCGAGGUGUCGCCGCUGAUCAGCUACGGUGGAGAGGGCCUGGAUAAGUUCCAGGGCAAGCCCAUUGUUGCUCCAGCGGUUCUGGAGUUGGAGUAA